GAGCCGAGAUGUUGUCGGCGCGGCUUAGCUCUGAAAUGCACUUUUCUCGGCUUAAGACGUCACGUGAUGACGUGCAACGCUCGGCUUUGCGUCUCAGCCGUGGACUGCCGCCGCGAAAUCCAACGUCAGCCGAAGUGGCAAUAGGCCGAAUGAUGGCAUGCUGCGCAAAGGGAAAAUAUACAUUCCUCAGCCAGCAAAAUGAAGCCAUCUCAGCUUUCCGCCGCCGACGCCAAAAUCCUCACCCAGGUCUUCGAUCCGGAAAGCGGUCCGGCAAAGGCAGAAGUCCUCGUGGACCCCUCGCUCCCUCAAGACCGCCAUGUCACAACACCAGAGCUGUUGGCGGAGCUGCGAGGGAGGGAAAAGGCCGCGAUCAUAAUGAUCGAAGCACAUGAAACUUCCAAAGAGCACACUCCCGCCGCCAAGGAUCAGGCAUACCGGCAGGCGUUGAGCCUUUUGGACGAGAUUGUGCAGCAAUACCCCGACUAUGCCUCCGCGCGCAACAACAGAGCGCAGCUACGCCGAUGGCGAUUCGGAGAUCGCAACACGCUCUGCCAGCGCCGGACUUCUCGCGACCUCGAACGCGCCGAAGCCGCUUCCUCCGCUGUGCGUGAUCUGCAGCAAGCCGUAUCUUUGGCUUCCCCCGCCAGACCACAGGACGCCGUGUCACCCGCUCAAGGCAAGCUGCUGGCGCAAGCGUAUACCCAGCUGGGCGCCCUCUACCUCGCCGCAUCCAAGGAUCUUGCCAAGUCAGAUUUCGCCAUCGAAGAUGCAGAGCUGGCGAGCUGGACGCAUGAGCGAUUCGAAGAGGAAGCAUCCCGUAGCUUCUACCUCGGCGGAUUGUACGGGAAUGAAGUCGCAAAAGCUCUUGCCGUGCACACCAACCCUCACGCCAAGCUGUGUGGCGGGAUAGUCAAGGAGGCGAUGCGGAAGGAGUUUGCGCAGGUCCUAGCAUAGCCAGCAUGACGUGAA